UUUCUCGACAAAUGAGAAAUGAACAUAAAAAUAAAGAUUUUGUAAACAGAAAUCCCCAACAUUAUUUUAACAUGGAACUGUUUCGUACAAAUGAUUUCUACAUAUUUGUUAAGGGAGAAUACUCUUUGUGGUGGGACCGGCAAACAGGUGCUUUUAUUCCGAAAACAGGAUGGGAUUUAACUGACGCAGAUGAUCCAGCAUGCCUGGGUAUCUGUGAUGGAAUAAUAGGAAAAGUUGAACACAGUCCACUCUUUGACACCAGACUGUUGCUAAUUAAAGAAAGUCUUCCAGUAGGCAAACUCCAUGGCGAAAAUAUGGUCUACAAAAUAAAAAGCGUUGUAUUUCUACCUCUAGGCCCAGAAAACGUCGACCUCAAUUUAACACCAUGCCCUAAGCACAAAAUAAUGGAAUUGAAACAAAACCCCAACAGCUCUUUGUUAUUUGAUAUACAGAAGAAUAGCGCUUUUACCAAAACGUGGGGCACUUUGAAGAGUGCUGGGAAUACGUUGAAGUACACAACUCAGCAAGCUGCCAUGGCAGCUGCCGGUGUGCAGAAAAAGAACAAUUUCAAAGACAAAGAGCGAUUCGAAAAACAAAUUGUCGAAGAAUUUUAUAAAAUAUUUAAUGAUACAAAUUCUUUCUAUUAUUCGCAUACUACAGACAUCACAAAUUCUCUGCAGAGAUUAUGUAAUUUGUCCAAACAGGGUGCAGAUUCUCAAUCUAUAUGGAAAAAUGUGGAUGAGAGGUUUUUUUGGAAUGGCCACAUGCUAAAAGGCAUCUUAGAACUGGAGAACCCUUUAUGUGAUCCAUGGAUAUUACCUAUUAUACAGGGAUAUAUUCAAAUCGAGGAUUGUAAAGUAGAGAUGGAUAGAGAUUUGGUCGAAGCCAAAGAAAAACGAUAUGAUACUUUUACAUUAUGUCUCAUAUCUCGAAGAAGUAGAUAUCGUGCUGGUACAAGGUAUAAAAGGCGAGGUGUAGAUGAUAAUGGCGAAGUAGCAAAUUAUGUAGAAACUGAACAGAUUAUUUCGUAUCAAACACAUGAAGUAUCAUUUGUCCAGGUACGAGGAUCAGUUCCUGUAUUUUGGUCCCAACCAGGAUAUAAAUACAGACCCCCUCCCAGAAUUGAUAAAGGUGAAGCUGAAACACAGGUGGCUUUUGAAAAGCAUUUUACUAAAGAGAUUCAUAGUUACGGUCCCAUAUGUAUAGUCAAUUUGAUUGACCAAAUGGGGAAAGAAAGAGUAAUAUUCGAUGCUUAUUCCAACCACGUUUUUCAGUACAAUAGUCCGUUUAUAACAUACGCGACGUUUGAUUUUCAUGAGUACUGUAGAGGAAUGCAUUUUGAGAACGUUUCGAUACUUAUAAAUGCUGUUAGUGAUAUUCUAAAAGACAUGAAUUACUGUUGGAGAGAUAGCCAAGGACAUAUUUGCUCUCAAAACGGUGUUUUUAGAGUAAACUGUAUCGACUGUUUGGAUAGGACUAACGUAGUGCAGACAGCAAUAGGUAAAGCAGUUAUGGAAAUACAGUUCUGUAAGUUAGGAUUAAUUUCACCAGAAGGAAUUAUACCAAAUAGUAUUAAAAAUACAUUUCAGUUGUUAUGGGCCAAUAAUGGCGAUACUAUUAGCAAACAAUAUGCUGGAACAAAUGCUUUAAAGGGAGAUUAUACGAGAACUGGCGAAAGAAAAUUUACCGGUAUCAUGAAGGAUGGAAUGAACUCAGCUAAUAGAUAUUACAAAAACCACUUCAAAGAUACCCUACGUCAGUAUUGCUUAGAUCUUAUGCAAGGGGUAAAGUUAUACGAAGUAGAAAUACAAGAUUUUUGGUCGAACUUACUUAGAAUUGGCGGCAUAGCCAAUGAAAUUCUACCGGAGGAGAUACCCUCCGUCGCACCCCAUUUAGCCCUUCAACCAGAAUUUGAAUUUGCACGUGCCGUUUAUCAAAUUUCUAGAUAUUACCUAAGUAGAUUUAAGGAUACUACUAGACAAGGAACAAUAGAUUUGAUGUUAGGUAAUUAUGUACCAGAAGAUAUUUUCAACGAAUCCAAAGCGUCACAGUUUGAAGAAGACAACGUGAUCACCGCUGAACAUGUCAAACUUCUGAUCGAAGAUUGCAAGAAGAUGCUAAUCAACCAACCGGAGCAGGUAGUCGGAGCUUGGGGUUUGAUAAACGCGGACCCGUUCACGGGAGAUCCGAACGAAACCGAAAUGGAUUCCAUCCUGAUCCUGACCAGGGACUCAUACUUCGUAGCAGACUACGACGACCAGGUCGACAAAGUUACCAAUUAUCAAAAAGUGUUGUUGGAAGACGUUGUUCUGUUGGAGUUCGGAAUGGCGGAAUCGAGUACUUCGUUGUUCAAAACGUCCAAACAUCGAUAUAGCAUUAGGAUUAAUUAUAAGGUUAAUAACGUUAGCGGAUAUUAUCACAUGUUUAGGUCGACGAACUUUAGGUUCUUCAAUAAUAUGGCAGUUGUCGUGAAGAAUAUAGAAGAAGAGAUUGAAUCCUUGAAGUCCAUCUGUGAAGGAUAUCUGGUCGCACUAGACAUUUGUGGAUUGAAACCUGUUCCCUUCGUUCAAGGACAAGCAUUAGAUAGACGAAAAUCGAAAGUUAUCAGUGUCGGUAGGUCUUCUAAUAGUAUCUACUUAGAUAUAACUUCUUUACCUCAAAUGACUCGAAAUGUUUCUGAAAGUCAGUUGCUCUCGUUAAAGAAUGUUGGUUCAAAGGCAAUUUCAAAUGUGACUCAACAAUUUUCCAAACUGAAUAAAAUCGGCAACUCAUUCAAAACCAGUAGGCUAAAACCGAAGUUCACUGUUGGCCAGAAGAAUAAAAAUGAAACGUCCAGCGAUUCAGAUGAGGAAUACGAAAAUUCUAUCUUCCAGCCUGAUAUUCAAACAGGCAUUUCCCCACAGAGUAUGGAUUCGCCUGGAAAUCGUAGCAUUGAACAAGGCCUUGAAGCUACUGAAGACAUAGACAUUACUCCCAAAAUCGAUGCCUUCCUACCGAGCGUAGGCAUAGUCAUGGGCAACACAACCGAUAAUGUAGACGGCGUCUUAGAGCAAAGACAUAAUUUAUUAACUAGAACAGACUCUUCUCACAUGGACGACGUUAAACUAUCCAGUAUUAUGCAAAGCGUUUCUAUUAGUUCUGGCUUGAGUCCAACGCCGGAAAUUCAAAUUAAUUCCGAAAAUAUGGACGACUCUUCGAAAAAGAACCCUCCAAACUCGUUGGCUUUGGAUAAAAAGUUUAGCAAAUCGUCAAUUGAAGUGAAUGACACAAAAGAUAAGAUCGAAUACAAGCCCAUUGACCGUUCAACUUCCGACUAUGAUGUUCAGCUAAACAUUUCUCAAUCCCAAAGUGAGUCCGCUUUGAGAAAAAUGAGCACAAUGACUCCAAUGGAAACCACCAAAGACUUAGUACUAUCCCCGUUGAGCAAAUUGGCUAAAGGCGUUCAAAACAUCGGUGCCAAUUUGGAUCCAAGAAAACUGAGCGGACAAGUACGACACAUCAGCGAAAGAGAAAUGGAGGAACACAAAAAAUUACAGCAGCGUUGGCAGAAUAGUAAAACUAGACUUAUUGCUCUGUAAAUUUUAGCGCUAGCUUUGAGGUCAUUUUAAGCUUCAUAUCUUGUUUAAUUUAUUUGUCACCCUUAGUCUUACACAGAAAAAAUACUGCGUUAAAUAUACAGGAUGUUAGUAAAUAAGUAUGAAAAACUUUAAGGGAUAAUUUCUACAUGAAAAAAUAAUGGCAGUUUGGUCUAUAAACAUAUGUCCGCAAAUGCUUUGUUUCCGAGAUACAGGGUGUCGAAAUUUUUAUUUCAAACUGUCAAUUUUUUAUUGCUCUAAGACCGGUUGAAAUAUGAAAAUUAAAUUUGGUGGGUAUCAAGAGGUAGUUAUUGCGCAUUUUUUGGCAAACAAAUAACAAUUUUAUAUUCAUCAUUAGCGCGCCUACGGGUAAUGGUCUGAAUUUUUUUAAAGAAAAAAAUGGUACGCCACUGAGAUAUUUCAAAUUAAAAAUUAUUUUUGUAUUCCACGUUUAAUUUAUGAAAAAGAACCUUUCUUGUAUUUUUUUCCUAUGGUGCACCGUUCUUAUGCGAAAAAAUAAAACAUCUUCGAGCGUAUUUUCAUUUCUUAAAAGUUAUUGUUCUCAAAGUAGAACAAUAACAGAAAAUAUUACUAAAAAGAUUUUAACUAGGUGCAAAGCUACAACAAAUGUUCAAAAUUACCUCCUUUAAAGGUGACGGAAUAAUUUUAUAUUCACCAUUGGCACCCGCACAGGUAAUGGUCUGAAUUUUUUAAAGAAAAAAAAAGUACGCCUCUGAGAAACGUCAAAUUAAAAAUAAUUUUUGAAUUCCUCGUUCAAUUUACGACAAAAAAUCAUUCUUGUCUUUUUUUCAUAUGCGGCGCCGUUUUUAUACAAAAAAUAAAACAUCUUAACGCUUACAAAUAAUUCGAGGUAGAUUCCAAAUGCAUAGAAACUUAUUUUAAAUACUUUGUAAACGUUAAGAUAUUUUAUUUUUUUGCAUAAAAACGGCGCCUUAUAUGAAAAAAAGACAAAAACGAUUUUUUUUCGUAAAUUGAACGAGGAAUUCAAAAAUGAUUUUUAAUUGGGCAUACCUCAGUGGCGUACUAUUUUUUUCUUUAAAAAAUUCGAGCCAUUACCCGUACGCGCGCCAAUGGUGAAUGUAAAAUUACUCUGUCACCUUUAAGGGAGGUAAUUUUGAACAUUUGUUGUAGCCUUGCACAUAGUUAAAAUCUUUUUAGAAAUAUUUCCUGUGAUAGAGUGGUCAUUAAGAAGGAUAUAUUGGAAAUAGGUUUUCAGUAGGUAUGGCAGCGCCUUAGUACAUUAUCUUGGCCUUUAACUAAGAGUAAUCAAGAAACAUCAACGAACCUCUAAUAGACGGAGAGGCAGCACUGAAAAAUCUCUUUGAAUUUACUAAAGCUAAAUUUUUCACAGUUGAUUACUGUGAUUGUGUAGAGAAACAUACUGCGGUCGGUCAAGCGAAACGUAGAACAGGGGUUACUGAGAGGGUAUCAAAGUUGCUUUCCCACGAAGGUAAUUAAAUCCAUUUACUAAGGCUGAAAAUUAGUACACACAUUCUAAAUUAAAUAUAAAUAAAAGUUAUUAUAGUCGGUCAGCUGUAUGACGGGAGAGAGCCGGUCGGUCGGCCCCAAUGAAUGUACAGGGUUAUUCACUAUAUUUUGACCCCCUUGUAAACUGCUUUAUUUACAGAAUUAGAAAAAAAUGUAAAGUACAAAAGUUAUUCGAUUUUUUAAUUAUGAUUUUUUGACAUAUAUAUCGUACUAGUAACGUCAUCCAUGUGGGCGUGAUGACGUAAUCGACUAUUUUUUUAAAUGAGAAUAGGAGUCGUGUGCUAGCUCAUUUGAAAGGUUAUUCAAUUCUCUAUUCAGUACUAUAAACAUUAAGAUCAUUAUUUAUACAGGGUGUCCAAAUUUUUUUUUAAUUAUUAAUUAAACAAUUAAUUUAAUUAAAAUUUUUUUUUAACAACCUCUAUAAUUAAUCAUGUUAAUGUUUAUAUUACUGAAUAGGGAAUUGCAUAACCUUUCAAAUGAGCUAGCACUCGACCCCUAUUCCCA